GAGUUCCGGUAAUACAUGUAGUUAUUACACUCCAAUCUACAGUUUUAUACCUGGAAUUGAGGACGUGGAGACACUGGGUGAGGAGGCCACAGACGGGGGUGGUGGUGAGGAAGGUGUGGGAGGUCGUGGUGACGGUAGGAGCCAUAGUGCUCCUGAUGUACCAGGUGAGCCUUAAUCUGUUACUUUACCUGGAGAAGCCAACGGUGUUCAUGGUCUCCUUCGAGACCAACCCUGUCUAUCGCCUCCCGCCAGUCUCUAUCUGCCCACACCCGGCAUUCGAACCACGAGCACUGGGUACCAUUGGUCUCACGCCCUCAGAGCAUUAUAUACAAUACCUGGAAAAUUAUAUGGAACUUCGAGGCGUUCCUGCCAACGUGACUCCAAGGGAGCUGUGGAAAAGGGCUCGCUGGGAUUUAAGCCACAUCAUUGAAGCAUUUGCGCUAGACCUGAACGUAGUACACCAUUAUAAUUCAACCGACCCACUAACACCCAUGUGGCGCCGCUCUUACUCCCCACUGGGUCCUUGUCUCACCCUUAAUUCCCUACCAGGUGUAAGAAAAGUCGGUCUCUACCUUCAGGAAUUACCACCUGUGAAGCCUUGUAUGAUUCCCAAUGACAACGGAGAGCUGCAAAGGUACCGAGGGACUGCAGGACAAUGUGAGCAAGCCAAAAUCUUCUGUAACACUUCAUGUGGUCUUGAAGACAGCAUAUACUUCCAACAGUUCGACGUUGAUAAGAUGCACAUAUACUUCCACGAGACUCCCGUAUAUGCCAAAGAACAAACCACAGAAGAAGACAUACUGAUAUACUCUGACCAGUUGUUUGAUGGGAAUUAUGUGUUGAUGGAGAUAAGUAAAAUCCCGAAUUUAAAAUCUUACCCACAGAUGGUAGAAUCUUCCCUGAUCAAGGGGCCGUGUAACUCAGACCGCUCGUACACCCACGCUCAGUGUUUCCGUGAGAUGCACAAAAACAUGGCGUUGCAGGAGUUGGGUUGUUACCCAUUCUAUCUCUCAACGCCUGAAAAUUCUUCAAAGCCUACUUGCCGUUCCCCAGAUAUCAUGGACAAGCUCUUUUAUUUAGAAUCUUCGAACAGAUUUCCCUGUCCACAGAGAUGUAAGCAGCAGAGGUGGAGCCAUGAUAUUACACUCUCUUAUGAUAUUGAGUUCUUUCUGCUCAUCAGUGCGCUCUCGACAGACAUACGAAAAGAGGUUGAGCUAGAAACUUACCCGCUCGCCCAGCUGUUUUGUGAUAUAGGUGGAAGUCUAGGAUUAUUCCUCGGUGUAUCUAUCCUUAGUCUUCUGGAACUCUUUGUAACAACAGCUAUGAGUAUUUGUAGUUGUAGAGAAGGAAUGAUGGAAGAAGGUAAGAAACGACAUAUGACAGUUCUAAUUAAGUACACGGUUAUUUUGAUUCUGUGCAUUGCAACUGGUACCCACUACCUGGAGGUGCUGCGUUCUUACCUGACCCAACCAAAAUUAACUUCAGUUUCGCUGAGAGUGGCAAAGGGCGGGAACGUGGACGACCUUACCACUCUGGUUGCCCGUCGUCUGGCCACGCGCACCUUAGAUUGUCGACCUGAGGAAACCUUCAAUGAAGAAUGUGUAGUACUAUGUUUACUGAGACUGGCAGCAAAAGAUGGUGCCAGUGUUACUCCGUUCCUAGACAUAGAAGGUUUAACUCCUUGUCAGAAUGUUGCAUUUCAUCUACCGUCUAAUGUGUAUGUGGUUCCUCCUGAGCAGCUGCUGGCGGCCACGAUGAGAGAUAAGGUAGACAAGUGUCGGGACUCGUGCACACACCUGCCCCCUACCAACAAGACAAUGGGUGAUGGUUUUAUUAUGGUUGUUGAUAAGAAUCACUAUUCAUCUGAUUUUCUGCAGCUAAUGUGUAAUAUAGGAGGGAUUGUUGGCUUUUAUUUGGGAUUUUCCAUCUUCGACUUUUUAGACUUCAUUCAUUCUGUUGUAGCGGCAUCGAACCUUCUUGCGUCAACAGGGUUCACUAAAGAGCGGUCGUCAAAGGUUCUUCAAAUACUUAAGUUAUGCACUGUCUUCCUCGGCAUAAUUUUGGCUUUAUGGCAACUGAAUACCUUCCUCGUAUGGCAUAAAAUAUCUUCGUCCAUCACCAAGUCUCCGAGGACAAAUCGGACUGAACAGCUGGCAAUCACAGUGUGUCGGUGGCCACCUGUCAGUCUCCAUCAUUUGGCCGCCGAGCUGCAGCUUAACAUUUCUGAGAGACUUAUCCAUAAACUCCCCAAAGAGGAGAGGCAGCCGGAAUUCUUGAGAAUACUGGAAACCUUGCCUGGAAACUGGUCAUCUACUCUGGAUGUGCUGUGGUCCCGGGCUGCCUGGAAUAUCACGGACGUAGUGGAGGGCUUCUUUGCUACCAGUAAGGAGAAGAAGUACUUUACAGGGAUCUGUAGUGACUCAUCCAUGUGCCAGAAUGUGUGGAUGCCUGUCAUUACGCCACUCAAUCGGUGCUUCUCUCUCAACACUAUGUAUGAAAAUACUGAAUUCACCGAGAUAACCUUAAUUUUCCCUAAGUCACUUGAAAAGCGGACCAUUUUUGGAGACAAUCCUCAGAUUUACGUCACUGUGAACCCAAUAGAUGAACCACCAAUGAUGGCUGACAUGAUACCCAAGAAAUCCAAGCAAAGAGUCAUUGCCACGCACCAUGCAAUAAAAUACGAGCGUCUGGACGACACGAAACGCAGUGUGGAUGACGACAGUCACAGUACCUGUGUCCACAGGUGUCUCUCCGAGGGCGCCUCAGCCCACUUACGCUGCCGUUUACCCUACGUUACAUGGCGACCGGACUUGGAUCCCUGUAACCAACACCAGUACACCACCGUUCACAAAUUCUUUAAAGGCUUAAUAGGGAUAGGGGUCUGGAACAAAGUAAAAAUAAACGAAAAUGCAUCCCAAGAUGUACUUGACCUACACUACAAAUGUUACGAGGAGUGUCGUCAUCUGCAGCACACUUACUACGCCAUCACGACCGAGACGAUGGUAGACAUUUACCCGACAGUGGUGGUGCGACUCUACCAGGAAGAGGAUAUACUGCUGAGGGAAGAGGACCGUCACACCAUCUCUCAGCUCCUCAGUGACCUGGGUGGCAUCGCGGGCAUCACGGCAGGAUUUUCACUUCUCUUCAUCCUGAAGGAACUUGCGCCACGGGCGUUCAUAGCCUUGCAACGGCAUCCAUAAGGCAUUUGCUAAGUCCAAGCUAAGUUUUUGAGAUCCUUGCUAAGUCCUUCAGACCCUAGCUAACUCCUUCAGACCAUAACUAAGUUCUUUAGAUCAUAGCUAAAUACUUCAUACCCUAGCUAAGUCCUCCAGAUACAAAUAAUGUGAAGUUCUAAGUGAACAUUAUGAAUUAUAAAAAGAAGCUCAGAUGAACCUUAAAAUGACAAGUGAUACCGAACCCCUGAAUCCCUGAAGUUACCGAAGUCGUUGAUCUAAAUAAUAAAACUUAAUUUGUUUAAUAAUUUAUUGUAUGUAUAUCAAUUAUGACUAUUAUUACCCACAUACAAGAAACUGCACAGAAAUUUAGCUAAAUUUCAAAGAUGUGUUUUGUAAUGCGUGGAAGAGUUUGUAGUGGCUCCUCUCCCCUACAACUCCCAACUGAGCUCCGGCCGCGAGCCUACCAGCCAAUCAAGCCAUGAACAUGAAAUGCUAGUGA